GCUUUUAUUUUGAAACCGUUCAGGAUCAGACGUGUCUGCCUUCACUCCACUGUCAGCUCAGUUCUCCAUCUGCACAGUUAUCUAGGUGUAGUUUCUAUAAUGUCUUCUGUUGAAGAAAUUUCCAACCCUGUGGCGGAGAAUUUGGAGGAGGACGGAGUAGAAGAGGAGAACACUGUAGAGGAGGCGGAGAUGGAAUAUGAGGAGCCUGUUAAAGGAGGUUAUAUCUUCUACCGGGACAGAAAAGAGUGGGCCGAUCUAGAACCUGUUCCUCAAGAUGAUGGACCAAACCCUGUCGUGAAAAUAGCUUAUUCAGAGAAAUGUAAGUACGUGUUUGACAUGUUCAGAGCGCUCCUGAAGAACGACGAGAAGAGUGAGAGAGCGUUUGCACUGACCGCGGAAGCUAUCGAACUCAAUGCUGCAAAUUACACAGUAUGGCACUACAGGAGAGUUUUACUGCAGGCUCUAGAUAAAGACCUGAGAGAAGAGAUGAAGUAUAUCACAGCCAUCAUUGAGGAUCAGCCCAAGAACUACCAAGUCUGGCAUCACAGGCGGAUGGUGGUGGAGUGGCUGAACGACCCGUCUGAAGAGCUGCAGUUCGUAGCAGAAAUUCUUAGUCAAGAUGCCAAGAACUACCACGCAUGGCAGCACAGACAGUGGGUCAUGCAGGAGUAUAAACUGUGGGAUGGAGAGCUGGAGUAUGUGGAGGAACUAUUAGAGGAGGACGUGAGAAAUAACUCUGCCUGGAAUCAGAGACACUUUGUCAUAAGUCACACCAGUGGAUACUCCGACUCUGCCAUCCUCGAAAGAGAAGUGCAGUACACCCUGAAACAAAUAAAGAAAGCUCCUCACAACGAGAGCGCUUGGAACUAUUUAAAUGGGAUCCUACAGGAUGGUGGGUUGUCCUCAUACCCUGGACUGCUGGAACAGGUGACGGAGCUUCAGGACACAUGCAGUUCUCCAUAUCUCACCGCCUUCCUGGUCGACCUCUACGAAGAUAUAACGAAGAUUUACAAAAAAAAUAGACAUCAUUCCAAACCAGUGAUUAAGCUUUGUAAAUUACUGGCUGAGGAAAAGGACACCAUUCGAAGGGAAUACUGGAAUUACGUGUCUCGUUCUCUCCAGAACACGUAUGGCUCAGGUGACCCAGUUGCCUCCUCCUCUGACCCGCCUCCUCCCUCAUCAUCCCAGCAGCCCGACACGGAGCCCAGUGACCCCUGAGGAGAAGCGCAGACCUGGACACAUGCUUGGAGCAAGAAGAAAUUCUGAGACAUGAUAGACUCUUUAUCUUUGUAUGAGUGCUUGGGUGUGCACAACCAGGCUUUAACAGCAGUGCUUGUAAGUCAAAGAACGGCGUAAAAAUCUAAGUAGCCAUAUGCUUAAACACGCUGAGAUU